AUGUGUUCUGUAGGAAAGAAAAUGGGUGACCCAUGUCACAAGCUCACGUUUUCGAGAAAGGUUGGAAGUAAAAGGCUGGAUUCAAUCGAUUGUGAUGUAAGAGAACUGAUAUUUUGGAGGUCUGGGUUGUCGUUGAUUAACAAAGAUGCUGAUAUCUGUUUGCAUCACGAGCAGUUGCUAAUCAAAAGGUACUCUCUUGCGCAAAAAACUUGCUGCAAUCCUUUCCAGAUACAUAAGAAGGCAGCAAAAGGUGGUCUCAAGGAGAUCAAAUUGUCAAAUGCAAAGGAUUUGGUAACCAGAGGAUUUGAUGUCGUUCCUGGCCAAAAGCUUUGCCCCUCUUGUACAAUUCGAAUGAAUGAGACAAAGAACGAUCCUAUCCAUGCAGCUGAACCCGAUGAAGCGUUUGAGGAAGAUUUUGAUAAAGAG